AUGCAUAUUGCUCUAGGACUAGAAGGCUCUGCCAACAAGCUAGGCGUAGGCAUCAUUGCUCAUCCUACCGAAGGACCUGCUCGUGUGCUCUGCAAUCUGAGGCAUACAUACCAUGCCGAGACAGGCGAGGGCUUUCAGCCUAAUCACACUGCCAAGCAUCACAAGAAGCAUAUCACGAGACUGAUAAGAGAUGCUCUAAUCGAAGCGCAAGUUACAAGCGCACAGCUGAGCUGUAUAUGCUUUACUCAAGGCCCAGGAAUGGGUUCACCACUACACUCGGUCGCCUUGGUGGCGCGGACGCUCAGCCAGUUGUGGAGGAAGCCGCUGGUCGGAGUCAAUCACUGCGUUGGUCACAUAGAGAUGGGCCGCGAAAUUACUGGAGCGUCCAAUCCUGUGGUACUAUAUGUUUCUGGUGGCAACACUCAGGUCAUUGCUUAUUCUGAGCAGCGCUAUCGGAUAUUUGGCGAGACGCUGGACUCUGCCAUCGGUAAUUGUCUAGACAGGUUCGCUCGGACCAUCAUGCUUCCCAACGAGCCUGCCCCUGGCUACAAUAUUGAGCAGUACGCCAAGCGCGGAAGGAUUUUGGUUGAUCUGCCGUACACAGUCAAAGGCAUGGAUGUCUCCUUCUCUGGUCUGCUGGCUGCUAUCGAUGGCAUAGCGAGGGAUCCGAAACGAAGCGACUUGUCAAAGGAAGAUCUUUGCUUCUCGUUACAAGAGACCAUGUUUGCCAUGCUGGUGGAAAUCACAGAACGUGCAAUGGCUCAUGUUGGCUCGGAUUCUGUCCUCAUCGUCGGCGGUGUCGGUAGCAACGAGCGCUUGCAACAGAUGAUGGGUGAGAUGGCUCGGCAACGCAACGGAUACGUCUUUGCCACCGACGAGCGAUUUUGUAUCGACAAUGGAAUUAUGAUUGCACACGCAGGCUUGUUGGCAUUCAAGACUGGCCAGGAGACGAAGAUUGAGGAGUCUGAGAUCUCUCAGCGUUUCCGCACUGACGAGGUAUUUGUAGCUUGGCGACAUUAG